AAGAAUAAACAGCACAGAGCAAAAGGAGCGAAGGAGGAAAGCGAGCUGCCUGAUCAGAUAUGGCAUGAACGCAGGAUGACGUCAUGCCUUAGUGGAGGUGAGGUAAAUGUGCGCGAGAGCCAGUGAUGUUUUUAAGCGUCGCCCAAGUGUAACACAAGGGCUUUUCGUUAAUGAAUUUGCCAGCCAUCAAUGAAGGGCGGCAAAGACGUAGGUUCACCGCGCAGUCCAGACGACAACCUAGUCCCUUUCUGUUUAAAAGUUGAGUUGCAGUCUUAAGCUACACGUUUUCGGCACCGCACCGACGUCGAGCUACCGAUGGACUUUCAACGCAAUACAUGGCACGAGCGUUUGUAGCUGCGCGCGUCUCAACGCUUACUUUUUUCUUUUUCUUUUUUUUACAGGGGCCUUCGUGGCACGCGGCGAUGCGCACUACCCUUCCAAGGCGUUUCGCGACUAAUCCGCUAGGCCUGGGCGCAUGCGCCGUCGCAACAUGAAAGGGGCAGAUUCGCUUCAGGCGAAAAGGGAACAAAGGGAUUCCAGUGAAGUUAAGAGGGAGAAAGCGUUCCCGCACUCAAAACUCGAUGUUAACCUUCCAAAUGUCACCGAAGUCGUGGCGCAAUCAAUUCCACUUCCGUCUGUCGAAGAGAGCGGACGUGGUUAUCUUGUGCUCCGAUGGGGCGGUGUUUGCGGCAAUGAAUAGCCGCGGUAACAGGAAUGCGACGCCUGCUGAACGUGAAGAUUACGAGGUCAUCUUGCCUACAUUGCCUACAGGUCGUACAGUAUUGAAUACCAUAUUUUUACAUGCCGAUAUUCGGGCCAGGCCUUACCGAGUUGAAGACUUCAGGGAUACGUUGGACCGUCUGGCAUUGCUCCCUGAGGUGCUAGCCCUGGGGGCGUACCAGAUGAGUCACGUAUGGGCCGUCACCUUCAAGAAUGCGGAAGGCGUGAAGAAGGCUCUGACCAUCGGUGAAAUGAAGGUGAAGGGUCGCCGCUGUGUUAUAGUUGACCCGGCGAACCAAGCCCUACGCCUGAAGUUGCACUGGCUGCUUUUCAAUGUUCCCGAUGAAGAUGUACGUGAAGCACUAGCCAUGUUUGGGACGGUAACAGAUGUCGUGAAAGAAAAGUGGCGUGGGAAUGGCAUCCACGAGAAAAGUACGACGACGCGGACGGUGAGCAUUAGGCUACAUCCAAGUGUCAAGGUUGACGACCUCCCACACCAGCUUCGUGUUGGUGGGGAACUGGCGCUGCUAAUUGCGCCAGGAAGAGCACCAGUGUGUUUGCGCUGUCACACCGCGGGACAUAUACGACGCGACUGCCGUGUCCCUCGAUGUGCUCGGUGCCGUCGUUUUGGGCAUGACGAGAGUUCGUGUGUGAAGAAGUACGCAAGUGUAACAGGACCAGUUGGAAAAACUGACGCAGCAGAGCUCGUCAUGGACGAAGCCGACGCGGAAGAAGCUGCAGGAACGUCGAGUCAAGUGACUCAAAAGGAGAUGCCCUCGUAUCCGCAAGAAAAUGAACAGCAAGGAGACCAUAGCCUUGUAGAAAAGCCCGACGUGAGGGAAGUGCCUGAAAAGACAAGUGUGGGCGCAGAAUACGGUGAACCUUCAAAGGAUCCAGCGAGCCAACACACGGAAAGCAUGGACGUCACGGUACAAUCCACCGGAGGCGCAGUCGGCAAACGAGGACGCGAAGCUACAACGGACGAGGCGGACAGACAAGACGUCGUUGGAUCUGUGGAACCACCAACGAAAACGGCGGUGACUCGACGCGCGUCAUUGAAGCCCAAGCCCAACGUUCCACCAGACAGAAAAGCGGUGUUGAAACCGUCAACGUAG